AGGGAGGUUGCUGUUCAAGUCAUGUACGUGUGCGUCUUCCUUGCUUUGUCCUCAUGUUCGCUUCACAGCUUGCUGUGCAGAUCAAGCGCCCGAGUCACGUUGUCUGACAACCACCUUCUUAAUCGACAUCGACAUCUCAGCAUCACAUCUGGUAGUUCUGUUAUCAAGCGAGCCCGCAUUUCUAUCAUUCUUCACCCACCCUUAUCUCCAUCGCCGGCAAGAAAUAUCUCUGAGACUCGGAGACGUCCAUCCAACUCCACCGCAUUGUUUUCUCUAGCAUGUGUCUCGCAAAUUAUCUCAGCAAGCAGUUCCCGUAUCUCUGCAAACGUCCCCCGCUUGACAACCAUUUGCCAGUAUCGAUACCUCAAUGACUCGAUCGUCAAGCAAGGGGCGCACUAGUACUACUUGUAUUCUCGAACAUGUUUUUCUCGCGCGAAUCAGCGUCAACUUUAGACUGCAUACUGGACUUCAGGAACCUGUCAAGCGCUAUCCUUAUCCGAGGGUCUAUGUGCUACUGAAGAAGACUCUUCCCCUUCCUCGCUUC